AUGGCCGCCUUCAACUUCUUCCAACCCCAGCAGCAAAAGCAACAACAGAAAGAACAACAACAACAACUCCGGACGUGUCAAGCUCGGUGUCCAGAACGACCCCUCCCCAACUCACUUACUUAUCAUACACAACAGCUGCAACAAGGUACAAUCCCUGCUUUCACUCCGCUGCCCACCAGACUUCCUCCACCUCCUACCACAACUCGACGCAAUUACCUAGCGCGACCAAAAAGCCAAAGCUCACAACAAGUGCAGCAAGAAAAGACGACCCAAGUUAUUAACGUUCGUCAGCCGAGUCUACCUUUGACUCAGGAAUACCAAGAUCUAGUCCAGGUUCAACCAUUCGAACAAAUAUUCGCUCUGGACCAAUCAGUCAUCACGACUAAUACUAUACAACCGGAUACUUCCAUUAUCGACCCUCUUCUCUUUACACUCAACCCCGACCUACUCACAUCGAUGGAAUCUAACUUCGAUAUCAACAUGGAAUCAUUUGAUUGGGAUCAGUUCUUGGUGGACGAUGCGCAAGGUGAGUUAAACUUCCAGCUGCUGCAAGCUUCGGUACUAACAUCUAUUUCAGUCAACGCUUUGAUCCCCAAGAACACCGAAUCCCCCGCUCCUUCCGAUUCACAAGUCGCUACUCCCAAGUCUACCGAGUCAGAGCAAUCUGCCGCCCUUGACCCCGAGAACGACUUUGAUUUCAAUUUUGAUUUCGAACUUCCUUCAUUCGGUAUUUCUCACCGACCUGAGGAUAUGCUUAAUCCUGUCCAACCGGUUGACUUCACUUCGGGUCCCGCUGCCGAUACUCGAGGUACCGCCGAUCCUACAAUGACCAGCACUUUUGGUCUUAGCUUUGGUGAUUUCGGUCUUCACACCGAUCUUGGUGCCGAUGCUGCCAGUCAGCUCGGACUCACCAACCUCCUCGAUAAGCUUGGUCAACAACAGAAGACCGCUGAACCAGCCACCAUAUCCCCUAUCAACGAUCUCUCCGAUGCCAACGCCUUACUGAACAAGCUCUUCUCUACCGUUGCUUCUCCCCCCUCGAUUCAACCAUCUCAACUUUCUCUGUCUUCCAGCCCUAUGCUCAAGCGAAAAGGGUCUGAUGCUAGUGACGAGAGUCUUCCUGCUGCCAAACGACGUGGUCGACCUCCAGGUGCUGUCAAGACCAAAUCUGUAUCUCUUCCAGAACCCACACGAGCUUACAGGCAGUCUACCGGUUUCUCCAACUCACCUGCUCUAUCUGCCGGUAGCGUUGCCGAUGAAAGCGAGAUGGACUCUCCCGCCGGAUCAUCUCCUGCGGUUGUCAAGCGAACCAUCUCUGGCAAACCUUCCACUGCUCGACCCAAAUCUGUCGUUCCUGAGAAAUUCCUCAAAGACGGAUCAGCUCAAGCUAUUUUAGGCAUGGACAUCAAUCAAAUUCAAUCGUACCCUUCUUUCGAUAUGCUCCUCAAGGAUGUAGAAGCUUCUCGAGUCGCUGCCGCAAAGGAUUUCGGGGAGAGAAUUGCUGAUAACCGUGACAAGGCUAAAGAUGCCGCCAAGAAAUCUCGAGACGAACGUCGAGCCAAGAUUGAACGAUCCGAUGUCCUUGAGAAAAAGGUUGAAGAUCUUGAAGCUAAGCUCAAGGGAAUGACAUCGGUUCUCCUCACUCUCGUCGACCGGGGUAUUCUCAACAAAGAUCAAGUUGCGUCUUACUUGUAA